GUUCAAAACCGCUGGGAGACUUUAAGACAGGCAACCCACUGUGGAUUAUUCUCAGCCAGAGGGCGGCUGGCCGGAAGCUUACAUGCCAUGUUUAAAGGUCCACGAGUUGGUGGUUCCACAUCCAUCAACACUCCCUCCUCCCCAAGGAUUGUUUCUCCUGCCAGGCCAAGCCACAGCAAUGCUUGUAACACUUGCCACCAGAGCAGUGCAUUAUGGAGACCUAGCCUCAGUAGCUCCACCCCUUGUGUCUGUAGUUCAGUUGUGAUUGGCAAUUUAAUUGAGGAUUUAAACAGCGGGGAAGAGAGUGAUGUUGGUAACUCUUUGCCACAUACAUUCUCUACUCCAGCCCCAUGGGUAUCCUCGUCAUCCUGCUGCUAUCGUCCCCCUCCAGUAACUUGCAGAACUGCUCCCCCUAGUCCAAUGCACUGUCAUGAGUUAAGAGAGACCAUCGCUUGCUCCCAAAGAAGGCUGGAGGGGAUGGAAACCGGAAGUCUGGAUGAACUGCGGAGUACAUUGCGGCAGGCCGCCAGCUGCAUGGAGCGCAGUUCUGAUAACGUCCACCUGCUUAGUGAGAGGAUGACCACUGCUACUGAACGCAUAUCUGAGAGCGUGCAGGAGAAUACCCAUGCUUUGGCGAUGCUAUCGCAUGUAGUAGAGAAGCUCCAGGAGCUAGUCUCCUCAAGCAACCCAACAACAGUAUCAGCUCAAUGUUCUGGGGCUCCAAGCGCUAUUGUUGACCAGAUGGACAAAAGAUCGCUAAGUGUCCCCACCAGUCCAGCUAAUGCCUCUUCCUCUCGCUUUUCUCAUUGCCCCACCUGCUCCUCUUCUUCAUCGACUUCCUCAUCUGCCAUCAGUCUGCUAGAACAGCCGGUGCUAGCUAAAGGGGGAUCAUUUAAUCCCAGUGCAAAGUCAUCGCCAUCUUCUCAAAGGAGACGUGUUGAUGUACAGCACUCAAUGACCAAUGGCUCCUUACCGUCCAGCCCUGCCCAGAGCCACAAAGUGAACAGCAAAGCAUUCAGAUGUUUCUUUAGCCAGAAGAAGAAAAACAAGAAAAAGGAAUGAAGCCGCUUCCACGUUUUGGAUGGUUACGAACAUCCUUUCAGAUUCUUGCUGGCUCAAGCAUGCAGGGAGCGACAAUCAGGAGAGAUGAUGUUACAGGGGAAAUCUAUAUUGCUCGAGUUAUACAUGGAGGACUGGCGGACCGCAGUGGUCUCUUGCAUGCUGGAGACAGGCUGGUGGAGGUGAACGGUCAACCUGUGUUUGGACUAGAACCAGAGCAGAUCAUACAGAUUCUGGCCCACUCACAUGGAACUAUAAUGUUUAAGGUGGUUCCCAUCACUGACAGGCCAGUCAACAACCAAACCAUGCUGUAUGUGCGUGCGAUGGUGGACUACAGUCCUCAAGCGGACCCUUCUAUUCCAUGCGCAGAUGCCGGCAUGGCAUUCAGAAAGGGCGAUAUCCUAGAGAUCGUGGAUCAGUCAGACAGUCUUUGGUGGCAAGCUGUAAAACUACCCAGCACCUCUGCGUGCGCCGGUCUCAUUCCCUCCACCAGCUUGCUGAAAAGGAAGCAGAAAGAGUUCUGGUGGUCUCAGCCUUAUCAUCCUCACACUUGUGUCAAAAGCCUGAGCACAGUAGAUGAAGAAGAUGACAUGAUUGCCAUAGAUGAAAAAUGUGUAGAGGCAGAUGAGGAGGCUUUUGAAUCUGAAGAGCUAAAGGAUGAGGAGAGUGAAUUCAGCACCAACAUUGAGGGGAUUUAUUUGACUGGAUUUCGUAGAAGUUUGCGUCUCUGUCGCCGGCGAAGGGGUCAGGCUUUCGGAACGUCUCAGUUCUGCUCUCUUCGCUGCCCCGCUAGCUGCUACAGUUCACUAUCAAACCCUUAUGAGGAUGUGGUGCGAUACCAACACCAUCCAGAACACACACACCGCCUCAUAGCACUGAUAGGUCCAUCUGGUGUCGGUGUAAAUGAGUUACGCAGGAAGCUGAUUGAGAUCAAUCCAAAGGUCUACCAAGGACCCGUUCCUCAUACCACACGGCCACCCAAAUGCCAUGAGGAAGCUGGCAGAGAAUAUCAUUUUGUCAGCCGAGAGCAGUUCGACAGCAUGGUGUGCAAUCACAGGUUUAUUGAGUUCGGGGAGUUGAGAGGUCAUCUCUAUGGCAUUAGUGUGGAUGCAGUUAAAGAUGUCUUGACAAGUGGGAAGAUCUGUGUGAUUGACAUUGAGCCAUAUGCACUGGAGUCAGUGAGGACCCCCGAGCUGAGGGCCUACGUCAUCUUUAUAAAGCCUCCUACUGUUGAGCAGAUGAAGCGCACUCGGAUGAAUUCCAAUAUCAUCACAAAUUACUAUACAAGCCGACCUUUUAGGGAUGAAGAUUUUCUGGAGAUUGAGGACGCGGGACGCAAGAUGGAGCAGCAUUACUGUCAGUUCUUCGAUCAUGUGAUUGUAAACGAUGGGCUCCAGGCGGCGUGUGUGCAGCUGCUGACCGCAGUGAGAAGAGCUCAGGAUGAGCCGCAGUGGGUACCGACCUCAUGGAUCAGACCAACUGACCAGUCCUAGCAUCAACAGACACGACCAGAAAAGCUCAGGGAUACUACAUGACGACAGAUGGACAUCAAUAUGCAAAACAAACUGUUUUUUUUUUUUAUGUUUUAUAGACGCGACAAUGUGUGUUUUGUCUGUAGUAAUGCUAGUCUUAAUAGAAAGGUUCUGUUUGUCCAUAUUUUUUUCAGGUGUCAAUCUUUUGUUUGGACAUUGUGUUUGGCCUUGUGAUAAAUCAAAUAAUAAAACCUAUCCUUUAUUAAGCUG